GGAACUUGGAGAAGAGCUAGCCUGCUUUCCUACUUAUCAUUGUGUAAUUACAGAAUGAAACAAAAAUUUAGAUUGGCAAUAUCAGAGAGAGGGAAAUUUCUUAAAAAUUUAAUGACUUUACAGAGGUAUAAAUUAAGGCAGUUCCAAAUUGCUAUUCAGUGAGCUUGGAAAGAGAAUCGAAACAGUGGCGCAAUGAUGGUGCGCCGGUCUCUCAUACUUUGGGCCUGCUUCUUCGGCAUACUUGCUGCUGCAGACAAAGGCUAUUUGAACUCAUAUUCGGAUUCGCAGACCUCGGUAUCACCAGAUAAAGAUGCGCUGGAACUGAAUGAAAACAAUGACCCUUCAACUUUUAAAGAGAAAGAGGAAGGUGAAGGACUUUUAGAUGACGGCAGUAGUGUCAACGAGGACCAAGGCUUGACACAAAGAGACCCUAGAAUUGGUGGUCUGAUAAGACUCAUAGUUCGUGGAAGUCGCGGUGCUCGCCGGAGUAGGAGCCUCCGUAUAAGGAGUCGCCGAAGAAGGAGCCGUCGACGAAGAGCUAGGAGAAGAAGGAGCCGUCGACGAAGAGCUAGAAGAAGGAGGAGUCGCCGAAGACGAGCUAGAAGAAGGAGGAGUCGCCGAAGACGAGCUAGAAGAAGGAGGAGUCGCCGCCGAUACAGAAGAGGUUACAUAAUGAGACGAAGGUUCCGCUACUACAAGGGGUAGUAAUCAAUGGAAUUAAUCUUGAAUUCGGUUGUUAUCAAACAUUAUGAGUGGAAACAAAAUUUUGUUUCUUGUGUAACCUUAUUGUGCUAUCAAACAAUGCUAGGGCGACCGAAGG